GUGUCGGAGGGGAGAGUUUCGCCCGUCUCUGCUGUGACGCUGCGCGCAGAGCGGAGAGGAGGCGUCGCUCCGUCAGCUGUUGGCCUCUCGCAUCUAAUCUGGAUUAGAGUUCCGUCCAGUCUACGGCCAGGGCUCCAGUAAUCACAUUAUUGUAUAUGUGGUUGACGCCUUUUUAGAGGUGGACGGUGGCUGCGAUGUCGGACGACGGCGACACACCUGGCGGGGUUCUUCUUCUCCCCAGAGAAACUAUUCAUCUGAAGAAGCUCUUUUGAGGAGUUUUGUGAAGAUAGACAGAGAUCCGGAUGCAAAUCGACUCGCGUUUCGUUUGCGGCUGGCGGACGAUGCGCAUCCUCGUGCGCUGCCUCACACCGGACAAUGCAGCAUCCACUCCGAGCACUGCAGCUCACUCAGAGCACAUGUCUGAACAGACCGAUGCCUCUGUACUAUGAACGCCUAACCUCGGUCUCUGGUGUCGCAGGAGCCGCCGGUCAAACAACAUUAGAUAUGAGGAAGAUGCUGCCAGUCUACAGCAGCAUGGGGUCAAACACAUAGUUCCCAGUCGAAGGCCAUCAUGGAGGAGAGCAAGCUCAUCUUUAGCCUGGACCCCCACACGGAGGCUCCCACCGUGGCGUUCUCCAACGACAAACCGCAGGACCUCAGUCUGGGGAUGGACUUGGAGCUGACCCCAGGACCCCCCUCUCAGCCAACCCUGCUGCAUCACUCCCCCUCCUCCCCGGGCUCUUUAGGUGAUCUGUCGUCCUCCUCGGCGGAAGUUCUCAUCUCCACCAACCUGGUGAAGUCCUCCUCCAUAGAGCUGGAGCCCAGGGAAAACAGCUCCUUGAGGGGGAAACCUCUUCUCAGCCUGGUCAAGUCGCUGAGCACCGAGAUCUCCCGUCGCGUCGAGCCCAAGGUCAACCUGUCCAAGUCCGACUCCAAGCUCCACCUGCAUCCCUGGAAGCAGCACACGCAGCCCAAGAUCCCCGAGGUGGGAGCUGAAGCGGCAGGACUGAGCGAGGACGACGACUGGGCGUCGCCGCCCUCCACCGGCAGCAUGUCCCCUGGAGAACCCCGGGGCAGCUCGCUGAGAGCUGAGCUGGAGGACACGCAGAGGAGGUUCUCCGAGGCCAUGCAGGACCCUCUGAGCGUGCUCAGCAAGAUCAUGGGGGACGAGAGUCCGAAGCAGGCCAGGGCAUCCGGCGCAGGAGACUCGCCGGCCUCGCACGGCAGCGGCGAGAGAGAAAUGAGCAGCGACGACGUGGAAUUGAAGUGUCGGAGGAGGAAUGACGCGUGUGACAGUCCUCUGAGAAGAAUCCAGAAGGGUCCUUCCUCAGAAAUCUAUAGCAGAGACAGCCGCUUGGAGAUCUGCACGUAUGGAGACGUGAUUCAGGUGGUGGAGCUGAAGAGCAGCUCUAAGGGGGGUCAUCGCAGACCUUGCCCCCAGUACCGGGACCGGGACCGGGUCCGGGUCCCGGUCCCGUCGCUGCCUCUCUACUGGCUGCUCCCCGUGGGCCUCCUCGCUUACGGCUUCUUUGUGCUGCCUCUGCCCCCGUACGUGGCGGGUCUGUCCCUGGGCGUCGCGUGCGGCUUCAUACUCGGCCUGGUCGUAGUGUUCACGUUCGCCCCUCGAAGCUCGACAGCGAGGAGCGGCAAGGCCUCGCGUUCCAGCCAGUCCGGAGCCAAGGACGGGAAUCAGCUGCAAGCAGAAGUCCUGGAGGGCUGGAUGAAUGAGACGCACGACUACGACCCCGAGACCUUCCACCCGUCUAUGACCCACGCGGUGCACGUGACGCUGGAGGCCGGCCGGCUGUGCCUGGCUCACCCACGCGCCGGCGGCGCCCCCCGCUGGGCGGCGUUCGGCGAGCCGCAGCACGAGGCCGUGUUCUCGCACGCGCGGACCUACCAGCUGGCUCAGUCUAAGGUGUCUCUGUUGCCUCCUGGUUUGGCCCGUAAAAGGUUGUGGAACAAGAAAUACCCCAUAUGCAUUGUUCUGGCUGAGGGAGAAUCGGCGGAGGAGAGUCUGGUGGAGGAGGAGGAGGGUCUGGGAGGUCCCGCCACCGUGGACCACCAGCUCCCCGUCACCCUCUACCUCUUCGGCCGCACGGGGAGGGAGAAAGAAGAGUGGUUCCAGCAAUUCCUGUCCGCGUCCAAGGCUGGAGGCAAAGGCAGCGUCAGCGGCGAGGAGAACACAGAGGCGACAUCUGCUGAAGACGCUGUGAGAGACAACACGGAGGAGGUGCUCGACCCGCCCGGAGCCGUGAGAUCCAGAAGGCUGUCAGACUACAGCGCCUACAUGAGUCAGCUGAUCGGGACAGAGGGCGGCCUUCGCACAGCCAGCCCCUGCCCCAGCGACAGGGGGAGCCCAAGCACCCACAGGAAGAGUCAGAAUGAGGAGAACAGAGCUGGCGCCCGAGCGGCAGCUGAGUCCAGUGCGGGUUCUGGGCCGGCAGAGUACCCCGUGGACGAUCAGCCCACCUGGGUGAACUCGCUGGUGGGAAGAAUCUUCUGGGACUUCCUCCAGGAGAAGUACUGGUCCGAUCAGGUGGCGCACAAGAUCCAGAAGAAGCUCAGCAAGAUCAAGUUGCCGUACUUCAUGAAUGAGCUGACCCUCGCUGAUCUGGACAUGGGCACCGGCUUACCUCAGGUCCUCAGCACCUCCAAGCCCACACUGGACCGCAGAGUGACACUGCGCCAGGCCACAUCAAGUAGAAAGGUCGACUCAGCCCAGGAAGCAAAGUCUGUCCAUAAUAUUAAAACCCAAAAUGCUGCCUGUCCGUUGCACUUAAGGUCUUUCAACUUUCUUCAAGGCUUGUGGCUGGAGCUGGAGCUGAUCUACACAGGCUGCUUGCAAAUGACACUGGAGACUAAGAUGAACCUGUGUAAGCUGGGAAAGGAGGGAGAGGACGAGGCUCCCAGCGUUCCAGAGACCCAGCAGGAAGGGUCUAAACCGAGACUGUGCAUACUGGCUGAUAGUGAUGAAGAGUCGUCCAGCGCAGCCUCAUCUGACGAGGAGGAAAUGCCCCCACAUGAGCCACAGGGAUCUGUGGGGGACAAGACGUCAGUGGCAGCAGCUGAGGGGCACACAGGUGGCAGCACGAGUAGGAAAAUCCUCCGAUUCGUGGACAAGAUCGCGAAGUCGAAGUACUUCCAGAAAGCCACGAAGAACGAGUACAUCAGAAAGAAGAUCGCUGAGGUGUCCAACAUGCCCCUGAUGCUCAGCGUAGAGGUCCUGGAGCUCUCUGGCACCCUGGCCGUCAACAUCCCACCGCCCCCUACUGACAGGAUCUGGUACAGUUUCCGGGUGCCUCCGAGGUUAGAGCUUCACGUGCGUCCAAUGCUCGGAGAGCGGGAGGUCACCUUCACCCACGUCACAGAGUGGAUAGAGAAAAAACUGCAGUGCGAGUUCCAGAAAGUGUUUGUGAUGCCGAACAUGGAUGAUCUGUAUCUGCCCUUGAUGACGUCUGGCCUGGAAAACCUGCCUGCGUCCCAUCAGUCCUCAGUCCAGUCCACAUCGCAGCAGUCUUCUGUGGAGUCCCAGGACUACAUGUCAGAGUAGUCCCCUUGUAAUGCAGAGGGUGGCGUGAAUCUGCGACGGGUUGAGUGCCGGCGUAGCGUUCAUGCCGUGGGCUGGUUGGAACCAGCGCACGACGGAGCGGGCGCCUCCGGAGGACGGUGCUGCAGCGCCACCUGCUGUGGCGACAACGGACUCAUCCGACGUGUAAAAGGGAACCUUCCGUGCAGGACUGAAAAACGCUGCGUUUGCAUGAGAGAGGAGCGAGGCUUGAAGCGAGUGAGGAUCGUAGAAGCAGCCCGGUUCUGUUCAGCCAAGCUAUCGGAAUGCAUGCUCUUCACUCACAGUGGAUCCGAAGGUGAAAAAUAAACCCUGUUCAAAAGCGCCUUUCUGUGUUAACUCUUUAUAUUAAACUGCAAACCAGCGAUGAUAGUGGAGCAACUCUGCUUUUUUAUUAUCGGUUUCAUUAGGCCUCUUCUUGCUGGGGUUCAGGCAGCGUCUUCUGGGCAUCCUUCUUCAGUGGCCCCUGCAGGAAAACACAAGAUCUGAGGUUGAAACAGUGGAAUUAUUGGCUUUACUAGCUCAAACACACACAGCAUCCCUCCCCCCACCUCCCCCACAUGUAUAGAAGGCUCACCAUAAACGCCCUCUUCUCCUGCGCCGUCUGGAAGCGGCCGUGCCCAAACUUGGAUGUGGUAUCAAUGAACUUGAGCUCAAUGGUUUCCCUGGAUUUGCGAGAUGUGUGGACGAGCAGAGACUG